AUGUCGAAACCACCGUCGAAAUCCGUGUUUGUUGGCAAUAUCCCAUAUGGCCUCACGGAAGAGCAAAUCGUCGAUAUCUUCAACAGCGCUGGCAAAGUCUUGAACUUUAGAUUGGUCUACGAUAGAGAAACGGGUCGACCGAAGGGCUUUGGAUUUGCAGAGUACCCUGAUUCAGAUUCCGCCGCCUCCGCAGUCCGGAACCUCAACGACUUCGAAAUCAUGAACCGGAAAUUGCGCGUCGACUUCUCGAAUGAUACCGGUGGUGAUGACGACAAUAGUGCACCCACAGGAUAUCAGCAUCCGGCACCUCCGAAUGGGGUCGCUAUUGCACAGCCUCUAACAGGCACAAACACAUCAGCUCUCCCUCCACUGCCAUUAGGAGUUGAUCUUCCCCCCGGCCUAAACUGUCCAGAUGCAAUAUCUCGAACACUCAACACCCUCCCGCCCUCACAAUUACUCGAUGUCCUCUCACAAAUGAAGACUCUAGCAACAACCGACCCAGCCAAAGCCACCGAGCUCCUAAGUCAAGCCCCUCAACUAUCAUAUGCCAUCUUUCAGGCCCUACUUCUCAUGGGUCUCGUGUCAACUGAAGCGCUUUCAUCCGUUGUAGAAGCCGCAUCAGCCGCUCCAGCGCCUACUCCAGCAUCGGUCCCAGUUCCUACACCACAACAAGGAUACCAAGUCCCACCAGGCAAUUAUCCUAGUGGAUUUCCCCCUCCACCUCCGCAUAUGAGUGGGCAACUUGGUGUGCCAAUGGGCGGGACUCCACCAGUGCAAAACCACGGACUAUAUCCUCCGCCACCUGCUCCGGUUCAGCAUAGGCCCCCUCCGCAACAACAGCAGGCUGCACCGGCAGCGCCAUUGCCAGAAACAGAUGGCUUGAUGCAGCAGGUCCUAGCUAUGCCUCAAGAGGUUAUUGAUAGCUUACCGCCAGCAGAUAGGGCUCAGCUGUUAGCAUUAAGGGCCAGCUUUGGGAGAUAA